GCCUAGUGUAGCUCAGUGGAGGAGGCAGUAGUAGUAGUAGUAGUAGCUAUUGUAGAGAGUAGAGACAGGGUAGUACUGUAAUAGUAAUUAUAGUAGACACCAAAUAGGAACUCUGGAUCCGGAACAUCCUCUCCAGUGCAUUGGGAGGCAGCCCAUGGUGAUGGCGUCGUCCCAGCUGAGGAAGCGGGGCGGCGGCCCGGAGAAGAGGGGUGGCCCAGAGCCAGUGCCAAGAAUGCAGCCUGCCAUGAUGAUGUUCUCCAGUAAGUACUGGUCCCGGCGGGGGCUCUCUCUGGACUCGGCCAUGUUCGACCAGCAGAAACAACACCAUACUGGGGGACAGAUGUCGCGCCGGCCCUCCUUCUGUCCAAUAGAUGAGAACCCAACCGACAAAGAGAUCAGGGAGAGCAGGGAGUCGGGGAAGACGGCUGUUGUUUUCUCUCUGAAGAACGAGGUUGGCUGCCUGGUCAAAGCCCUACGCCUUUUUCAGGAGAAGCAUGUGAACCUGGCUCACAUUGAGUCGCGGAUGUCCAAGCGCAUCGCUACAGAGGUGGAGAUCUACGCUGACUGCAGCUGCAGCAAGAAGGAGUUUAAUGAGCUGCUGGAGCACCUCAAAGACCACGUCAAUAUCAUCUCCUUCAACACGCCCCAAAACCAGUGGUCUACAGAAGCAGAUGGGGAGGAAGUUCCUUGGUUCCCCCAGAAGAUUGCAGAGCUCGACCAGUGUUCUCACAGAGUGCUGAUGUAUGGAUCAGAGCUUGAUGCAGAUCACCCAGGCUUCAAAGAUAACGUAUACCGCCAGAGGAGGAAGUACUUUGUGGAAAUGGCCAUGAAUUACAAAUAUGGCCAGCCUAUCCCCCACAUCAAGUACACCCUAGAGGAGGUGAGGACCUGGGGUGUGGUGUACAGGGAGCUCACCAAGCUCUACCCCACACACGCCUGUAGAGAGUACCUGAAGAACCUCCCCCUGCUCACUAAGCAUUGUGGGUAUCGGGAGGACAACAUCCCCCAACUGGAGGACGUGUCCCUGUUCUUGAAAGAGACGUCUGGGUUCACAGUGAGGCCCGUGGCAGGAUACCUGUCUCCUCGGGACUUCCUGGCCGGUCUGGCUUACCGGGUGUUUAACUGCACUCAAUAUGUCAGGCACAGCACUGACCCGCUCUACACACCCGAACCGGACACGUGUCAUGAGCUGCUCGGUCAUGUUCCGCUCCUGGCCGAUCCCAAGUUCGCCCAGUUCUCCCAGGAGAUAGGCCUGGCAUCUCUAGGGGCAUCUGACGAGGACGUACAGAAACUAGCCACCUGUUAUUUCUUCACCAUUGAGUUUGGCUUGUGCAAACAAGACGGCCAGCUGAGGGCCUAUGGUGCAGGUUUGCUGUCAUCUAUUGGAGAGCUGAAGCAUGCCCUGUCUGACAAAGCCUCAGUGAAGAUGUUUGACCCUGGGACCACCUGCUACCAGGAGUGCCUCAUCACAACCUUCCAGGAGGUCUACUUUGUCUCUGACAGCUUUGAAGAAGCCAAAGAGAAGAUGAGGGAGUUUGCCAAGACGAUCAAGAGGCCGUUCUCUGUGUACUACAACCCCUACACCCAGAGCAUAGACCUGCUGAAGGACACCAGGAGCAUCGAGAAUGUGGUGCAGGACCUUCGCAGUGACCUCACCACCGUGUGUGAUGCCCUGGGCAAGAUGAACACAUACCUGGGAAUAUAGCAGUUGUGUAUCUUGGGCAUACUUAUCUUGGAAAUAUGUUACUUAUCUUGUUGAAUAUAACAUCUUUGUGGAAAUGAAACAGACAUGACCUGUACAGUGCACAGAUAUCUCUUAAAAUAAAAAUAGAUAAAAUAGUAAGUUACACUUAAAACAUAAAUAACAUGUUUGAAGUGACAUGAAAAAUAAAUCAGAUCUAUUUUCCACUCAGUUUAUUGUAUAGAGCAGGGGUAUUCAACUCUGACCCUACGAGGUCCGGAGGCUGCUGGUUUUCUGUUUACCUGAUAAUUACACCCGUCUAAAUCAGUCCCUGAUUAGAGGGGAACAAAUAUAAAAAAUGCAGUGGAACUGGCUUCACGUUCAGAGUUGAGUUUAAGAGGGAUAGAGUAUAAUACAGAAAAUAAUAUAUGGAUAUGUUAUACUUGAAAUAUAUAGUAUUUGAAAUUGUUGGGGGAAAUUCAGAGAUAUUUUUUGACUUAUUCUGUACAGUGCAUCAAAUGUGAAGAAUACAACAGGAUAUUCAUAAGUAUUGCAUUGUUAUGCAGUCGAAAUGUGUCGCAAAUGUGUCAAAUGUAACUCGGCUGCCAUUUGCUUUGAAAUAAAGAAAUGUCCCAAAUGUAAUUCAAAUAUAAUACAAACAUUAGGAAAAGAGAAUCACCGUUGUAAUAUUUUUAAUGUCAGGCUUCUUUGGCCUUAAUGUUGUAAGUAUAUGUAUACAUGUUAUGCUAGGACUGGAAUGGUUUAUUCUCUCUGAUGAGGUAACUGAUGUAAUGUUCCAUUUGGAAUCUCUGUGCUUUUGCUUUCAUGUAUCGUUCUACUAUACUGUUUUCAUUGCAAAUGUAUAGUCUUCAUUCACAGCUUUACAAAGAGGAAGACAAUUAUAUUCAAAAGAAUACAAAUGAAUGACUAUUAAAUGACAAAAUAAAUCUUUAAUUCCUU